UCAGUUUACAUCAUGUUUACAUCGUAGUCUACGUUCGUACUGUACGAUUGCAGACGAACCUAGUGCAACAGCGUAUUUUGUAGGUGAAAUUGGCGCUGUUUGUCUGGUGCUGGCACGCAAGUGUUCUUGUGGAGCUGAUAUUUUGACAUGGGAAAGAAGAAGUGGAGCGAGACGGGUAAUCCUAACCGCGAUAUUUGCGAGUUUCUGAACGAACUGGCGGACUACGAAAAGAACGUUACGCGUAACGUUUACAAGAGCAACGCGUACAGAAAAGCAGCUGUGACGCUUGAGAAGCUCGACAAAAGAGUAGCAAGUGCAGAAGAAGCAAAAGCCCUUCCCGGUAUCGGCGCGAAAAUUUCACAGAAAAUAGAGGAAUUCCUUCGAACGGGAAAAGUUGCGAAACUAGAGAAAGUUCGUAGCGAUGAAAGCACAAAUGCUAUCCAAGAGUUGACGCGGGUAUCGGGAAUAGGGCCAGCGCACGCAAAGUCUUUUUAUGAUCGUGGCAUUCACAGCAUUGAGGACCUGCGUCAGAACCAGGACUGUCUGACGGAACACCAGAAGAUAGGGCUGCGUUACUUGGAAGACAUCGAGAAGCGCAUACCUCGAGAAGAAGUUGGUCUUUUGGAGGCCCGCGUUAUCGACGCACUGCAUCAAUUUGACGAAGACUACGAGGCAGUCGCGUGCGGCAGCUAUCGAAGAGGCUUGCCUACGAGCGGCGACAUCGACUUGUUGGUGUGCCACAAGAGCUAUCGAUCUACUGACAGGAGGCCGCCCAAACUCCUAGCACGCCUCGUGGAACACCUUCGUCAAGUGGGCUUCAUCAGUGACAUAAUGUCUUUGGGAGAGACAAAGUUUGCAGGUGUGUGCCAGCUCGAUUCUUCGCGGCCUCACCGACGCAUUGACAUCCGCGUACUUCCUCAAGAUCAGUUCUUCUGCGGUUUGCUGUACUUCACAGGCAGCGACUUGUUUAACCAGAGCAUGCGUGCGCACGCCGCUCAGCAAAAUAUGAAGCUCAGUGAAUAUGCAUUACGUCCAAUUGGUUGCACAGGCGUCUUAGGGGAGCCUCUGCCUAUAACUAGUGAACGUGAUGUGUUUGACUGGUUGGACUUGCCCUUCUGGGAGCCGCACAAGCGCAAUGGGCCUCUUGGACAGUGAACACUAUGGGUGUGGAAUGGCACACAGUGAAUUUAUUCACACAUAAUUACAUCUUGCUAGGCUUGCAAGACCAGUUCAAGCCACUGGCGCAGUGCCUCUCCCAGGACAGCUGGCAUUGAGGCAAGGUCCCGGAGAAGAAGGUAGAAAGGAAACGGGAAGCGCUCCAUGUAGCUGCGAAGCUUGACUUGCCCUGAGGGCCCGAACUCUGGUUGCCGAAUUUCAAGGAUGGAGUCCUAGAAAGCCAAAGCCAACACCAAAAACACUUUAGCAAGAAGGAAAAACACUGAAGCAAUUAUUAUCUGUCUCCUGAUGUAUUAAUAGGCUGCCAGUAAUGGAGAAAAACAUUGAUAAAUCUAUAGGUAACAGUACAUACAUAAAAGCUCUUUUACAGAUUUCCCUGUACAUGUCAAAACGAGUAAAGUUCACACUUACUGCCUCAUAUUUAUACAUAAGUGAUAAAUGUUUGCUUAUUGA